CGUAUUUUACUGUCUUUAUUACGAACGAUAGAUCGAGAUGUAUCGAAGAAGAAAAGAAAAAAUCCCAGAGGGAUGGGCUUUGAAUGAACAAGGCAAGAUGGAAACAGACCCAGAAGUUGCAGUCAAAGCCAAGAGACUCAUGCCCUUAGGACACACUGCGAGCCAUAAAGGAGUUGGACUAGCAUUAAUUGUGGAAGUUUGCAGCGGUUUGUUAUCAGACUCGAAAUACGGACCAAAUAUUCGAACAUGGGGACAAUUACCAGCAGCACAAGCAGACUUAGGACAUGGUUUUAUUGCUAUCAACCCAAAGAACUUUGCCCCAGGCUUUGAACAUCGCUUAAGUGACCUUCUGAAUUCGAUAAGGAAAAUGGAACCGGCUGACCCAAAGCAUCCCGUUAUGGUUCCAGGAGACUACGAACACAGUGUUAUGAAAAAAAUUGAUGAACAAGGAGGUAUAAUUUAUCCCAAAACCCUGUUAGAUGUAAUCGACAAAUUAGUGAAAGAAUUAGGUGUUGAACCUAUAAAAUUUAGGUCAUGAAAACAUAAAGAUGAAACUGUCCUUUGAUAAUAAUGAAGAAUUUUCGAUUAAAAUUUAUACUGUUUUUUACAGAAUAUACAUCUAUUCAGUGUCGUAUACUAAUAAAUAUAAAACGUUUCAGGCUCUGUACAAAGGAAAACAAUCAUAAAUCCAUAAAUAAAUAUAGUGAAACAUUGAUUUACAUGAAAAUUACAA